AUGCUGCUGCGGAGCGUAGCUGCGGGCGGCCGGGCGGCGGUUUCAGCCUCCCGGUGCUCGGGGCCAGGCCGCCUCGCCGGCUGGGAAUGGUGCCUCGGGCUUCCUGGAGGCGGCGGCGCUCUGCACAGGCGCCGCGCCUGGAUCCCGGUCCGGGAAGGCCGCAGAGAGCUGGGGCAGGACCAUGGAGAGGGGCGCAGCUCGCCAGCAGGUGCAGGCGGCACCCGGCACCCGCCUGGCGGGAGCACCUCCGAGGCCCCGUACCCCCCGCCACCUGAGCUGCAGCCCCCCACAAACUGCUGCAUGAGCGGCUGCCCCAACUGCGUGUGGGUGGACUACGCGGACGCGCUGCUGCAGCACUAUGGGGACGGCGGGGAGCGGGCGCUGGCCGCCCUGCAGGAGCACGUGACGGACGAGAACCUCAAGGCCUUCCUGCGAAUGGAGAUCCAGCUGCGCAUGCGGAGCCGAGGCUGA